CCGGAAACAGAAGGAGCUGUCUGGAGGUGACCCAAUGGCGGAGUGCAGAAAUUCGUUUUCUGGCUAUUAACCGGAUUUCUUCUUUGUAGUGGUACAGUAGUCGGCAUUGAUUUUCCGUGUACACAAUGGGUGCUCAUCUUGCACGGAGUUAUAUCACGGAGCCGGACACGACACCAGACCCGAAGAAAACGUCUGAUUAUGACCCAAAACUGGGCUUCACGGAGCGACAUGAGAGAGUAAUGGUGGCCACGCAGGAGCAGAUGAAUAUGGCGAUGUUGCCGGUGGAGCAGCGAGAUUACUGCGCACAUCACCUGCUCAAACUGAUGAAGUGCAAGAGGGACAAUUUCCCCAAUUUCCUAGCCUGCAAACACGAGAGACAUGACUGGGACUACUGUCAGCAUCAGGAUUAUGUGAUGAGGAUGAAAGAGUAUGAGAGAGAGAGGAGACUCAACCUGAGGAAGAAGAGGAUUGAGACACAGGCAGCAUAAAGACCCCACUUUCCUCUUCGUUUCUCAGUCACUUCCUUCUGUUUUUGCAGUGUAUAUAAAUAGCUCUCUAAACAAUAAAGAGCGUCUCAUCUAA